CGUCGUCUCACUGCUUAACACCACACUACAUAUUAUCCUCCAUAUCGUCUUCCGAACCCCUAGCAUUAAAGAUGACGAACCCCAGCCGCGGAAUCUCCCUCCACAUCACCAUCCACAUCGAUCCGGAAAACCUGCCCAAAUUCUGGGAAGCCUUCCAGCCAGUGUACGACAGUGUCAUCGCCGAGCCCGAGUGUACUUUUUUCGAAGUCUACCAGUCGCCGGAGGAGCCGGGCACUUUAUCCUGGGUGGAGAAUUGGUCACAGACUGCCGAAUGGCUUUUUGGGGUCCAAAUACAGAAACCCUACUACAAGGACUAUCUGGCUAUCACUGAGCCAAUGUUCAUCAAGCCCCGCGAAGCGAAGAUCCUCAACCGGGUGGGGGCGCCUUAUUUGAUGGUUAAAUCUACGAAUCAGGUCUAG